GCGCCUCUCAGCUGUUUUGCCCACAGGAAGCAUUAUUCAAAGAGAGCUUUGUUAUUCACUUACAUUUCGAUUUUUGUUUGUGUUGUUGAUGAAUUUUUGGCCAAAUAAGUGAUGAUGCUGAGAAAACCUUGGAUUCUUUGCAAUCAGUUGCUGCAGGCCAUUGAAACAGGAAAUUGUGAUGCAGCUGCAAAAAUUCUUAGUGGUGGUUUUGAUGUGGAUUCUAUAUUGAUUGAUGGAAAGUCUGCUGUUUGUGUAUGUGUAGAAAAAGGAUGUUUUGAAAUUGCUCACAUGCUGAUUGAGAAAGGAUGUAGCUUGAGUCUUAAAACGUACAGAGGGGAAAGUCCUUUGCACUUAGCUGUACAACAGUCCAAUUAUGCUUUAGUAGAACUGCUUUUAAAAAACAGAGCUGAUGUAACAUGUAUAAACCUCUUGGGACAAACCGCUUUACAUAUGGCUUGUGAAAGAAAUUCUUUAGAUAUUGCAGCUUUACUGAUCAAUAAUUCGAAAAGGUCAAUCAUCAACAUACCUGACAGUGAUGGAGCAACUCCUUUAAUGUAUGCUUGCCAUUUUGGGAGUAUAUCUAUGGUGCGUCAUCUUCUCGAGAAAGGUGGGGACGUAAAUGCAGUUGAUGUGCGUGGAAACAGUCCUCUUCUUGUAGCUGUUUUGAAUAGCCACUGCUCAGUGGAAAUGUUAAAGAUUAUAUUAGAGGCUGGUGCAGAUGUUUAUCAGAGCAACCAUACACACGAAACAGCACUUUUAAGAGCUUUGCAUCUGAUGUGUUUAAAUUGGGUGAGUGGAAAAGAUAAAUAUAAUGAUUUGUGCCUGUUUUUGAUUGAGUCUGGGAGUGAUCUUAAUGCCUCCAAUUUGAAUGGCCAGACUCCUCUUCACUUGGCACUGACAAUGAAAGAUGCAACGUUAGUGAGAAAAUUACUGAAUUCCGGCUGUGAUACAAAUCUCUGUGAUAGUAUGAAUCUGGUUCCACUGCACUAUGCUUGUCGUAGCAGAGUGAAGAAAUUAGUUAAUUUGCUGAUUGAUAGUGGUGCUGAUUUAAAAGCUGUGAACUGGUCUAUUUUUAAGGAGGCACUGUGUGAUGCUGAAUCUAUUUCACUCUUGAACUAUGUUAUUGAGAGAUCAAAAACUUGUCCAACUUUAUCUGAAUUAUGCAGAACUGUGAUUCGAAAAAAUUUAAAGAACAUCUCAAAACAUGCAUUGAUGCUUCCAAUUCCAGCCAUAAUGAAAAAAUACAUUCUAUUAGACAGUAGCAUUUCAUCAUUACAUGUGUACCAAUGAGUUUUGAAUCCUUCUCUGUCCAUGAAAAGUCAUUCAAUACUCAUGAACUGGAAUGCAAAAUUUAAAUGUUCAAACUAAGCAUCAUUAAUACUAAUUAUCGAAUGCAUUUCAUCUCAUUUGUUACUGUUAAGUUUUGAAUAAAGUGUUAAAUUAAAAUUAUUGUGAUUUCUUCAUGAUAUUUUAAGUUUUACCUGAAUAGUAUAGAGGGGAAAGGGGGACAUGUGAGCAAUUUUUAAUAAGAACUAGAGGACCCGACAGACGUUGUUCUGUCCAAAUUUUGUAAAUUGAAAAGUUAAAAAAUUUCAAUAAACUAUCAAGUGUUUGAACCGUUUUGUUGAAAAAAAUAAGUAAAAAGAAAUUUUUUUAAGCUGCUUGGUGUCAGGAUGCGUAUAUUUAUUACAAACUUGAUUUAUCUAAUGCCCACUAAGCAGUUGUUUUAUUAACUAUUUUUUCUCCUGUACUUGAUGGUUUGUUCCUUCAGCCAUACUCAAAGGAUAAAAAGCGUCCUCAGAUAUUAAGUGUAAAAACCUAACUACAUAUCUGGAGCAAACAGGAAAUCCCGCUGCAACAUCCCCCAUGUGAAAAAGAAUAAAACAAUGGAAAGGAUAUUGUUUAAAAAAUGAUAAAGGUAAAAACAAUUAUCUGAAUAAGCGAAAAUCACUCAUCCCCCCCCCCUUCAAAAUGAACAUUCUUCAACUAAAAUGACAAAAAAACUCUAGACAAAUCUUUGCAAUUUGAAAUGUUUCGCCAAAUAAGCAAAUAAUACAAUAAAUUACAUAAAAAGUAACUUUAGAAUGUAAACAAAUGAUCACGCAAUUCUAUCGUUUAUAGCCAAAGUCGCCAAGCCACCACGUUACUGUAACCCAGCCGAUCAGCGAGCGAAGCCAACCGACCGAUCAGCGGUCCGAUCUUUUGAGCGAAAACUGUUAAAACUUCAUAUAUUGCCUAAUUUGUUCUUUCCACUAAA